CAAUUAGCGAAGGCCAUACGUCAAGGGUGUUACCUUUCGGCGUCUGGGCUUUAGCACUUUUACCUCACUGCAAGUUCGCCUUGCCUACAACUGUUCCCAUUAGUACCUAAUACUGCUGUCCUAUCUUGUUAAUGAGUUAACGGCAGCCCAAGAUGCGCAGUUAGCUUGCUUGCUCAGUUGGCGAACACUUAUUGAAUACAGCUGUUUACCGUCUUAGAUCAUAGUAAGGGAACCGGUGCCUAGUGUUGCAGCCAUAGUGGUAGCCUGCAAAGAACUGAAGCAAGGCGAUGGCGUAGAGGGCAGGCCAGCGCGAAGCCGCUGUGAUGCAGCUUCGCAAAAUGAAACAGUUAAAUUGGAGCUUUUUAUGGAUGGUAGUCGCCGCUUUGAGCGCUGCUCACCUGGGGCGAGCGACUAACCCAUGGAAUCAGCCCUUCGUCUCAAGCGGGCUUCCCAACGACACCUACUGCAUGGAAAGCGAGCUCAUUGGCAAUACAUGGUGUGACAGUGCGGUGGGAGCUAACGCGUCGGCGGUGGCGGUGGGAGCGGCGCCCAACUGGGCCGGGAUGGACCCAUGGGUCCGUGUCAUCAGAGCUCAUGCGCUGUGCGAGAGAGGGGUCGUCCUGAACGGGCCAAAUGCGCAAAUGGCUGCCAGCGGAAGGUUCCUGGAGAACAACUCUCUGCACGUUUUCUCUAAGCUGCUCGGCAGCUACAGCAACGCAACGGGCCUGGCGUUCAACCUUUCCGCCAUCACAGCCCUGCAGUACAACUCAAUCAGGAACCGGAUCGCGGAAGCUCUUCCGACAAACGGGGACCCGGGCCCCUUGGAUUUCUGGAUGGUGUCUUCAGACGUUUUGGGUAUGACCGAUGCCCGGGAAGCCCUCCUCGACCUCCAAGCGCUCUUGAAAGAAGAUUCAAACUUCCAGAUGGCAGACAUUCCGGUGGCUUGGAGAAGUGCCAUGACGCCGUACAACGCUGAUAGCUACGUUGUCCCGGUGGCGCUGCUGCCAAACCACCUCUUCUACCGAGCUGACAUCUUUUCCAAUUACGACAUUGCCGUACCGAACACGUGGGAUGACGUCAUCUCUCUCGCGGCCAAGUAUCAUGGGCAGGACAUGGAUGGCGACGGCCAGUCGGAGAUCGGCGUGUGCGUGGAUGCCACGUCCACAUGCGGAAUGUACGGCAGCGUGGUUCGACUGAUCCUUGCCAGCAUGCUCCAGCUUCGCGGCCCCUCGCAUGGAAUCGCCUUUGAUCCGGACGACAUGAGCUUGCUGCUGGUCGAGGGAGGGGUUUUGGCUGAGGCCCUGCGCAUCUUUCAAGAGCUUCUGAAGUACGGCUUUCCGGAUUCAACGCCGUGCUAUGAGUUUUAUUUCACGUAUUUUGCUCAAGGGCGAUGCUUGAUCACCAUCGGCCUGCCGCUGGCUUUCAAGGUUGGCAGCCACUACUCCAUUGGAAGCCCAAUGCUGGGUAACCUUCGAACUGCCUCGUUGCCUGGCUCAGCACGUGUCCUGGACCGCGCUACCGGCCGUCUGACGUCAUGCACACGGGAGCUGUGCCCGUACGGACAAAGCGUUGCGAUUCCGAAUUCGGGAGACUCGGUAAUCGUCAACAAGGUGGUCUCCUUCGACAGCGUUGGAUUUGUUAUCAACAAGUAUUCCCCCUUCUACAGACAGGCAGCAGCCUACAGAAUGCUGACAGCUGUGUUUGGUCCCUCUGGCAGCAAGGAGUUCGUGCUUGGUUUCACAGAGGGCGGCCCGACGCGCUACUCGCAUCUUAAUGCGCAAGACUGGAUAGACGUUGGCUAUGAGCAAAGCAACACGCGGAUUUACUUGGCAGAGUAUCAACGUUUGCUUGUGGACACCCAGAAAUUCAUCGAAUGGCGUUUUCUAUACAACCUACAAAUACAGGACCUCCUGUCCCAGUUGGUGCGCUCCGUUGUGUGGAACGGCGUUCCCAUCAGCGCUGCACAGGGCACCUUCUCUGCGGGUGUUUCUGGCCUGGUUGAGGAGGCUGGCGGCCCGGCGGCAUUCCAGUCCGCCUACCGUGCAUCCCUUGGCUUGUCGGACAUCCUAUCACCAUGGGUGGAGAGCGCUGUCCAGUCGUCCGGCAGGAGCAUGGGAAACAAUCUCCUGGUGGCUAGCGUGCUGCCCACAGCGAGCAUCAUAGUGCUCUUCAUCGUCUACAUUGCUCUGCGGACCCACUCGCGUGCUAUGUCCAAGGUACUGCAACGGCAUCGGAGCGCCCCCGGACCUGGAGAGGUUGUGCUGUGCGUCACGGAUAUCCAGGAAUCCACGACGCUUUGGGAGACGCUGCCUGCCGACGUGUGUCAGGCAGCCAUGCAGCUGCACCACCACACCAUCCGCGCCUUCGCCCUGCAGUACCGGGGCUAUGAGAGCGCCACGGAGGGGGACUCCUUCAUCCUGGCCUUCCACACCGCGGCAGACUGCACACGAUUUGCGCUGCGAACCCAGGAGGCACUCCUGAACCUGGACUGGCCCCCUGAGCUUCUGGAGAAUCACCUUGCAUCCAGCCAGUGUGUGCGCUUGGACGCUUCAGCACUGCCCACCUGGGCUCGUGACGCCUGCGGACCAACCAUUCGUGCGCUGCUGCGAACCACCAAGCGCACCACGACACCAUCUCAGCAGCAGCUGUUACACCCGCCGCAGACACAGUCACAGAGAAGCCGUCCAGUCAGUACUGAGGGUUACCGGCAGCACAGUGCCGCUACGGCGGCUGCAGCAGGCAUCCCGGGAGCCUCGGAUGGCGCUGCCUGUGCUGCUGCCGUCAGGAUGUUGUCGCCGCUAAACGUCGAUGCUGCUGCAGCGGCGGCUUCGGUGCUCAUUGGGAAGCCGGCGGGCUCGACAUGUGGAAGCACAGCAGCGGCAGCGACGACGGGGACUGCAGAAGAGGGCAUCGACAUGCAUCGGCAAGUUCCAUCUGCACCUCAGGUUGCGGUGGCAGCAGCGACAGCAGGAAGUCACUGUGGUACGGGCCGAAUGCUGCCGACACAUGACGCUCUUGCGUGCCAUAGCGUGUCGUCCAAUGACACAUCCUGGCUUUGGACGGAUUCUGACAGGACGGGGCACACCGGCCAGCCGCAAGGCGCGGGAGCGCAGUGCAUCAGCAGCCAAUUGGAUGACCCGGCAGUGAGGGUGGAGCACCUGGUGUUUGGAAGGCUGCUUGGGUUGGUGUUUCCCACAGGGUCAUCGCUCACGCAGGGCAGUGCUCCGGGUACGCGAGCAUCGGCGACGUCAGCCGAGGUGCCUAUGUUCAGAGGCCUCCGCGUUCGCAUCGGUUUCCACCGCGGCCUCCUGAGCUCCUCUGAGGUGCUCUUCAACCGAGCCAGCCAGCGCACCGUCUAUUCGGGCCCGGUCCUCCAGCUGGCAAAGGCGGUCAGCGAUGCUGGCCGCGGCGGCCACAUCAUGCUGUCCACAUCCGCACUCGCCGCCCUGGACUUUGUACUGCUGCACCGGGAGGCCGGUGUCGUACUGCAUGCUGGCAGGCACGUGCUCAACAGCAACGGGGAUAGCGAGCUGGAGCUGUAUAGCUUGUUUAGCCAGUCACUGAUCGCACGAGUGGCGUACUUGGACGCACCAAGAUCACUGCUGGAGAAGGCUCCUGGCGUGUUGUCAGCGCCGCUGGGCUGCCUGGCCGUCGCAGUGGUCCAGGUGGACGAGGUGGCGAGCUGGGGCUUGGAGGCGGCCGCGGCGUUCCACAGUGCCACACGUGCACAUGCGCAACAGCUUGUCAAUCAGUUCCGCGGCUACCUGCUGCUGACUGGAGCUGGAGCGCUGCAAGCGGUGUUUCCGGACGCAGGCGACGCAGUCAGAUGGUUGCUGACGCUGCAAGAGGACCUUCGGGAUGGCAACACCGGCGUCAGCGCAACACGCGGUACAAUGUCUGGUAUCCUAAACGACCAGGAAGGCCAGGAUCUGUGCUCCCCGUUCAAGACCCAGCCGCAUAUCGCUCCCGCGCUCCGAGGCGGUGUGGACGUCGGUCCCCUACAGGCGGGGAUUACGGUGGACGGGCGGAUGGCUUACGAGGGUCCGGCCUGCAAGCGGGCCAGCUGCCUGGCGGCGCAUGCUCCCUGGCAGGCGGUACUGGUUAGCAUGGCUGUGGCGAAGGCGGUCCUAGGGGAGGGAAGCGCUCACUUCGCUGCGCUGAAGAUUGCGGCAUCGCAGCUCGCACCCAGCCUCAGCAGCGUUGCUAUGGAGAGGAUCAUCCAGUCAGCCAAGGCCACCGCAGUUGCGUCACAGCUGGCCAGCGCAAAAGACGCACCCUCGUCCCUUUCCCGCCAUCGCCGGCAUCUUGGGCUCGCCGCACUUUUGAAGCCCGCGACCGAGCGGAGCAUGGAAGCUUCGACACGUCAAGCUUCCGGUAGUCGUCUGUCAAGUCCUUCUGCAAGCCGUUCUCCGAGCCUUCGUGGGGAUGUAAGUUCUUCUGCUACAGAUGCUCCAGAGGGCAUGCUGGUUCGUAAAACGCCACCUGACACCAGUUUUCGCCGAGGGAUGCAUGGGCUCCUGCUGCCGCAGCAGCCAGACGCUGCGUCGCUGUUACUCGGCUCACGCAGCCGCUCCAUGACGGCUGCCAUCCCACGGGCCCACGGGUCGCUACGCUCGUUCGAUCCCAGCGCCUACGCUGGUGCAGUUGGACGACGAAAAGCCUCCUACCAUGGCAGCGCGGCGACUUCUGCCGGCCAUGCCGCCAUAUCACUCGUCCACGACCGGGACGUUUCGGCUUCCAGCAAGAAACGCCUGAAAGCCGCUCUACGAGUGCGCAGCCGCGUUGUAUCAGGAAAGGAAUUGUUUGGGGCGCGGUCUGAGUUCGACACCGCCCUAGCUCAACAAGAGCAUCGGGAGCUUGCCCCUAACAGCAUGGGGCUUCCACGGUUGCUGCUGGGCACUGCUGCCAGCACUGCUGCUGCUGCUGGCGGUGCCUCUCCCCGGAUCCGAAUGGUGCUCAACGGCCUACGCAUGAGCGCUAUGGGGGCUAGUAACGAGGAGUGUGAGUCGCCAGCAGCAGCAGGCGAUGUGAGGGAAGCGAGUAGCUGCAGGCUGGUGGGCCUUGCGGCCAGCGGAGCACGCCCACUCACCGACGGAGCUUUGAAUCGAACUCGGGGCAGGCUGGCGGCACCAGCAGCAGCAGCAGCAGUGGCUGAGGCAGCAGCAGCUGCGGUGCCGGUUGGAGGGGGAGGAGCAAUGGCGUCGGCAACACAGGCUAUGCCGACACAUGCAGGAGCUGCUGCUGUGCAGCAUGCCGCUCACAGCAGACGUUCCGGGAUAUCAGCAGUGGCUUCUGGGGCAGUGGCCGUGUCUGUUUCCGACGCGAUUGAUUGUAUGGUUGUGGGCAAUUGCAGCUUGGACCUACACAGCAAUAGCAUAGACCUACACAGCAAUGAACAUACGAGCAUGGCGGGAGCUCGUGGCAGCACUGGCAGCGCCAUGGAUGAGGGGAAUACUCGUGUGCCAGGCACUGCAACGAGCUGCCGCGCACGCUCGUAUGGUCAUUCGCUAUGCGCUCUUGGCCGCCCUGCAUCCUGCGAAAACACUCGUCCCGCAGACACCUCUAUCAACCUCCCCAUCCCCCGAGCAGCCUCACGUUUUCAUUCCAGCUUACCUCUCAUCAGUGGCGCUGGGACGAUGACGGGUACCGGCGGCAGCCAAGCAGGGCUUGGUUUCGGGCAACUUGGCAUGCCACUAAUGCCUGCGCCCCGGAGAACCGCAGUCGAUCUACAGCAACAACAACCAUGCAGCCCGCAGCCUGAAUCCUGCAGUAGUGGCGGCGCCGCUGGUUCCUGUGGAGGUGCCGCAGAUGGAAUCACUGACGCCAUGAGCACCCUUUGCCCAGCUAGCGGCGACGGCGGUCUAAGCUCAACACUGCUGCUCGCUGGCAUCAGCCGCCUAGGGCGCAUGUCUGCUAUGCCGCAGCUGGGCUCUGAAGGCCAACACCAGCAGCAGCAAGUGGCCUUGGGUGGCCCGAAAGCGCCAGCAGCAGGAGGCCGGGACUGCAGCGGCCGGAACCGCAGGACUAGCAGCUCCUUUGGACUAGCAGCAGCUUGCGGGUCAAUGGCGGAUGUGCAGCUGACGCCAACAGUGCAACGCCAGGCCCUCCCGCGUCUCAUCAACACUCCACGGGAAUCUAGCGAAGGACUUGGUCCCGUGUCGGUACAGCCCCUGGAUGCUGUCGAUGCGGUGCACUUGAGCAUGCCGCCAUGCAGCUUUCUUCGGCCGCCCCCCGCUGCGGCUUCAGUCGCGGGCCUCGAAGCGGCCGGACCGAAUGACAGGACUACUGCUGUGUUUGCGAGCACUAGCUCGGUGUUGGCGGCUGCAAAUACAGCUCCUGUGGCCAUGCACAAAGUUUCAGACUAUCCAGAGCCUAGCCUCAGGGGUUGUUACCAAGGUCGCAGUGGUGGCGUGGGGCCUCAGAGCAGCACGAGGCUUGCAAAAGCUGUUAGACGGGGAUCGUUCCUGGAGGCUACUAGCCAUGCAGCAGCGGAGGUAACGGAGGAGCCCUGUAAGCCUUGUGUUGGCGAUGAAGCGUCGCAGUUUACCAAGACCUCUGCUGUAGUAGCUGCUAGAAGAUCGUCCGAAGCUGCAGCGCCUUAUUCCCGGAGAUUCCCGACAUCAUGCAGGAAGGAUUUACAAGAACAGGCCGAGCCAGAUGGUGAGGAUAUGGAAGAGGUGCAGGACUGGACGUCGCUGGUGUUUAGCCAUGCAAGGUUGCUGCGGUUUAAGGGCACGCGCAUUGUGGCAUGGCAUGUUCGAUUUGGUUCACGGCAGCGUGGGGUGUGAGAAAGAUGUUCAGCAAGCGCUGUCAUCGGCCUGGCUGCAUAUUCUUGUCGUGUUGGGGCUGAAGACCCGUACGGACACGCCAUGCUUCAUGGGUUAACAAGCUGCGGUCGGCCAAGAAGAGGUUCAUGUUUUCAGUGUUGGGAAAGCGGAGGGCGGCGAAGAUUCUGAUGUUCUUAAAUUGAGACCGUCUGUGGGAGUGCUACAUGCAUCAAAAUGGAGGGUGAUUGCAUCAUCACCGUAGCAGCAUGGUUUAUUUGCGAAGGGCCCCAUGGCCAUAUGUUGUUGUUGGCCCUCUAUCAUGUGUUCAGACGUUGGUAGUGGCUGGUGGAUGGAUGCGGCCAGGACCUGCACUGCAUCCUUGCAAUUAUACAUUCUUCGCCGGGGCUAGAAGCACGCUUGGCAGCUUCGUAAUUAACUGCUGGUUAUUGGGCUCUUGUCACCAGAGAGCUUCGUGACGUCAAUUUGGAAGCCCGAAGGCACGCUGUUCUGGGCACUUGGACAAAGUUACUAUGUUUUUGGUUUUAAGCGGUUUGGCUGCAUUGAGUGACAGUCCUGUAUUGCCUGCGGAAAUUUGGGGAUGUAGUUCUAAGUAUCAGGUCCCAGCUCUGCGAAGCAUUGUCGAGAGCAUUAAGGUGAGCAGUGGGCAUGUUAGGUUGGUUGGUUGGUUGAUUGGCUGUUGACGGUUGGGACAGUGCAGAUAGGAAGCAUGAGCGAGGUAUUUUCAUGUCUUUCCGUCCUGGUGUGGUGUUGUGAGCCUGAACUUUGGUCGUUUCUGCUGUAUUACUGGAUUUAUUGCGUGCAUUAUUGCUGCUGCCUGUUUCUCACACUGUGGUAUAGAGGCAAAUGACUCGUACGGGAGAGUACCGCCAGCCGAGUGGAGGGGCAUAAUCCUACUACAGUACCGUCAUCAAUUCAGUUGUUGUUUCUCAGCACAAAUGUUUAGCUGCUCCUCGCCAGGUUAUUGCGCAGGGUCGCUAACACCCUGCCUGUUUUGGUAAACGUUUGCCUUCAUGCUUUUGUCUGCAUGCUCUUGCUUGCAUGUUGUGUUGCCGUUGAAGUGUCGGUUGGAUGGAUCAGCAGUAGUUAUCAUCGGCCACUUGGCACCAUUGUGUGUAAGCACUGCAUGCUGGUGCAUUGGUGCAUGCAUGCAUGCGGAGGAAUGAGUAAGAAUCACCCUUAUGACCUGUAUGACCAAUGCCCAUGGGUGGGUUGCUAAGUUGCGUAGGGCCCAACAAAACUGAGGCUUUGUGUUACUUACCGUGCCGUGUGAAGGCUGUCUUGGGUGGCUGUGUUAAGGAAAUUGGCCGCGAGUCGGAACAUGUGAUUGCCGGAUUGGGUGGCUGUGUGCGUGCGUGUGGGUCGCUUGUUGCUUAAGAGCACGGUAACGCAUGUUUCUGGUGACUGCAUGCGCAAAAUCUUCACUUUCCGGUGCCUGCAUACCGGUAUUGGGUACUGGUGACAGCAAUACCACCCUUCUUUGUGCCAUGCGCCGAUGUGCGUGCCUAUAUAUACCUUGGCGGGUCUAGACCUACAAUGCUUUGUCCACCAUGACAGCUUAUCUGUAUAUGCUUUGUCCACCAUGACAGCUUAUCUGUAUAUGCUUUGUCCACCAUGGCAGCUUAUCUAUAUGUGCUUUGUAGGCAUUCCAUAUGCGCAAACGAGCAAUUAGCUUUAUCGGUUCGGACUGGUUUUUGUGUUGCUGCGCAUGUUGUGUCGUUGCUGUUUGCCUCAAGGCGGGCGAUACUUCUGCGGGAAAGGUGGAUGGGUGAUAUCGGUAAACAAACCCCCUUGCCCCAAGGGUUGGCUGUUGCAGUCCAACGAAGUCCUCAGGCGAAGUGGCAUGCUGCGCAAUGUAGCUGAUGGUAUACGGCUAUACGCUUGUAUGGUGAUACCACGUCAUGAACCAUGGGUCAGUCUGGGUUGAGAUCUACGGUCCGAGACGGUGC